CCGCCCAGUAGAUAACAGCCGUUCCUUACAGCAGCAAGGCAGAACUUUAAAGCCUUGGAUUGGAAGAGUUGCUAAAACACGCGCAUUCAUUUUUAUAGAUAUCGAACUUGUAUUGUUUUUUAUUCUUCAGCUGCUGGUGUCUCUUUCAGAUGCAGUAUAUUCGGUCACAGUUUCUGGUGUGGUAAAACGACAGAAUAAAACAAUGACAGAGAAUGGGCAAAGCCGCCUCCGUCAGGCCCAGGAGGAUGUGGAGGAAGUUAAACUUAUCAUGCUGGAUAACAUAAACAAGUCUGACGAGCGAACAGUUAAACUCGGGGAGCUGGACAACAGAGCGGAACAACUACGAGAACAGAGCAAAGGAUUCUCAAAGACCGCGACUAAAGUGAAACAGAAGAAGCGCUGGGAGAAUAUUAAGUACAAAGUGAUAAUAGCGGCAGUUGUUGCUGCAGUGGUUAUUGGCAUAAUUGUGGCAGUGGCAAUGAGUUUUAGCAGAGAGGACAGUCAAAACACACCCCCAGCCACACGAUCAACAGAAGCACCAAGAGAUGGCUAGAAGAUAGGCCAGCUGACUAGAAGAUG